AAAACAUGAGUUGUUUCUGACAUUUUCAUUUCUCCAUAAAAACCGUACCACUAAUCCAAAUCAAAGAGAUCUACUCUUGAAAGCAAAAUUUAAAUCACUUUAAAUUUGUUCAAUACAUCAAAAUCCCUUUCAUACUAUACUUAUAUAUAUAUAUAUAACCAAACCAUCUUUCCUAGAGAUCUGAGUAAAAAAUCUAUACCCACCAGUACAAGAAAUGGCAUCACUAAACCUUGUAUUCUUCUCCUUAAUCCUUUUUACUUCUAUAGCUUGUACCUUGUCCGAGUCCCAAGAGUAUGAUGAAGAGGCUCCCCCCGACGAUAUAAGCAAAUGGUGUGAUGGUGUUCCACACCCAAAGGCAUGUAAAUACUUCAUGGCUCGAACACCAGGUGUGUUCGAGCCAAAGGAAAAAGCUGAUUUUAGAAGAAUGUUAGUCGAAGUGGCCUUGGAUCGCGCUAUGGCGGCCCAAGGCCACUUAUGGAUGUGGGGACAAAAGUGUGAAACACAUAGUGAGAGGGCUGCAUGGGCUGAUUGCAUUAGGCUCUAUAGUCACACUAUAAUCCAACUUAAUUACACCCUUUAUGGUUUGACUAGUAACUCAAGUUUUACUGACUUUGAUGCUCAAACUUGGCUUAGUUCUUCUCUUACAAACCUUGAGACUUGCAUGAGUGGGUCCCAAGACAUGAAUGUCACAUCGUUCAUAUGGCCUCAUGUUGCAUACAAUGUGUCCGACCUAAUAUCUAAUGGGUUAGCCGUUAAUGAGGGCUUAAUUGAAGAGUUUAUUAACUCUACUAGUCUUAAUACAACAAAGUAUCCUAGUUGGGUGAGCCAUGAUGAAAGGAAGUUAUUGCAAGUUUCUAGAAAAUUGGCGGCGUCAAGGGCGGCGUUCGUGGUGGCUAAGGAUGGUUCUAGCCCUUAUAGAACGGUGCAAUCCGCCAUUGACGCCGCGGCUAGGAGCCGUAUUAGGGGGAGGAAAGUGAUACAUGUUAGAAGAGGUGUUUAUAGGGAGAAUAUUUAUGUUGGUCCAUACAAUAAUGAUAUUAUGUUGGUUGGUGAUGGAAUGAGGUAUACUAUUGUUACUAGUAGCAGGAGUGCUCGAUCUGGUUAUACCACCUAUAGUUCUGCCACCGCAGGUAUUGAUGGGCUUCGAUUCAUGGCUCGUGACAUAACAUUUCAGAAUGCGGCUGGGGCACAAAUGGGUCAGGCCGUGGCACUUCGUUCAAGCUCAGAUCUCUCAGUUUUCUACCGGUGUGCAUUCCUAGGAUACCAAGACACCCUCUUUGUACACUCACAAAGACAAUUUUACAAAAUGUGCUACAUUUUUGGCACUAUAGACAUUAUAUUUGGCAACGCGGCCGUUGUGUUCCAAAACUGCAUGAUCUAUGCAAGGUUACCAGUUUUUGGCCAAGCUAAUGUCAUCACAGCCCAAGGCCGGGUUGACCCGAACCAAAACACCGGGAUUGUGAUGCAUGGUUGUCGGAUUAUGGCCGAUCACGACCUCUCAAGAAAAAUUCGAACUGUUCAGACUUACUUGGGCCGGCCAUGGCAACGAUAUUCUCGCACCAUUAUCAUGAGAUCAUAUAUGGGUCCAUUAGUAAACCCUGCGGGCUGGAUGCCCUGGAAGAGUAGUGGGUUUUUAAGCACCUUAUAUUAUGCAGAGUAUGGAAAUUUCGGGCCCGGAGCAAGACUUCACAGACGUGUUAGGUGGCCCGGCUACCAUAUUAUCACCAGGCCCAACGCAGUAUCACAAUUCAGCGUUGAACGCUUCAUUGCGGGCCGGAAAUGGCUGCCUGCAACUGGUGUGCCAUUCAGUCCUGGUGUUUAAAUCAGUAAUUAGCAAAUUAAAUUAUUUUGGUUGGUGAUUAAUUUCUCAUUGAUCAUAUUAGUGGUGAAACUACUACCCAGGGAUAAUUUUUUAUUCCCUUUGUUGUUUGAGUAAUUAUUUAAGAUUGGUCAGGUAGUUAUUCUCAAAUUAUUUUCUGGAACAUGUUGAUUUAUACAUAUUAAAUUCAUGUAAAAACGAGGUAUUGGAGGAGAGAUAUUUAGGGUAACAUCUCAUUUCCCUUCUCAUUUCUUCAGUAUUUCUAAUUCUAUGUUAAGCAUGAUUAAGUAUUGUUCAUGGUUUUAGAGCAACUUCUUGUACAUUUAUUGGCAAAUUAUGGACAUCACCAAGUCUCUCUCUCUCUUC